AUGCGAACAUGUCAACCUCGUGCUUUGGUUCGUCUCUCUUCAAAUGCAGAUCUUAUGUAUGUAACCUCGGUCUGGUUGACCGUUGCAUUUACUUCGGAUCGAUACAUGAUGAUCUGUCAUCCGUUCACUGCAAAACGUUGGUGCACUGUACGCCUGGCCAAAUGCAUCAUUUUCACCAUAUAUCUGGCAAGCGUGAUCUAUGGGAUUCCGCGCUAUUUCGAAUACACCGAAUUCGAACUCGUCAUUCCACCCGAUGUUCUGAUCGACUCCGAAAUGACCAAAGCACUGGGUUUUGAAGAUACGAAGAAACCUGCAAAUCAUACUGAACAGCGUGUUGUUUGGUAUGAUUUAUCGGAAUUCGGACGUUCCGAAAGCUUUCGUAGCAUCUAUCAUUUGUGGUCAUGGAAUUUACUGGUUGUUGGAAUUCCACUGCUCACUAUUGCUAUUAUGAACAGCUUUCUGAUUCGGGAAAUUCCUGCAGCUAUCAGUCACAUCAGUUGGGCAGUAAUACCACCAAAGGAAACACAGAAACUAUUUUGGUUUCUGCUGAACGAGAUUGGAAAUCUGCUCAUUGUGGUCAAUUCGGCAAUUAAUUUGAUUCCGUACUAUAUUUUCAGUCGUCGGUUCCGACGUCAAUUCACUCAGAUGCUUUGUCCAUUCCGGAUCGUCCGCGACAACGGACUGCAUUGUGUCUACAUCCCCCGUUGGUUGGCGGAUAAUUUGGCCAAAGAUGCUUCAGAUAACGCAUGCACCACCGGUGCUUUGGGCGGUGGUCCUCCGACUAACAAAAUUGUUGGUUUGAGACAAACAUUGUACGCCUAUGGAUUGGUUCGUCAUAUGAGCAUUAUACCGCCCACUAGACCGAAUAAUACAGAAAACAACGAAAUGAGAAGGUUCACAAAUCGAAGUUCCAGCACACGACCAGAACGUGCAGCAAGGUACUCAGGACAACCUCGCAAUAGUUAUGGGACUGGAAGGUGCUCUCAAGUACCAUCACAGCACCCGGAAAAUAGUUUUACAAACUUUGAACCAAGUACCAUGCAGGCUACCAUUUUACAAACGCAUGAGCGAGUGGAAGGUAAAUAUUCUUCCUCGGUGGUGCAUGCAAAAGAUUAUUCCCACGUAUCAACCUCGGGAUUGCAAUCCAUGCCCAAUAAACGAUAA